CCUUCGACGAGAUGUGCCAAGUACCUUGACGAAGGUCAUGCGAUGCGCGCCAGAGAACUAUGGGACGAGCUGGAGGAGCCUCCAAGCUCCCUAGUAGCUUGUCCCUCGUGCGCUGCCCCGCUGACCACGAACCCUCCGGAACUGCGGACUCUGUUUCGAUGCAAAGAUUGCGCACCUCUGGCAAUGCGUUGUGCGCAAUGCAUGUGUCGCUCGCAUUGCGAGCGGCCUUACGACCGGAUUCUACAGUGGGACCUCGACAAGCGGAUUUGGACCAAAAUCGCCCUGCCCCAGAUCGGGUAUGAGCUUCGCCUUGGUCACGGCGGCGCCCUGUGCGGCAAGUCGCUCUCAAAGGCGAGUAAUCUUGUCGUUCUCCACGAGCACGGGAUCAUGGACCUGCCCGUUGUGUACUGCGCUUGCGAAGGCUCCGGGAGCGAAGUCGAGCAGCUGAUGCGGGCAGGACUAUGGCCGGCCACGUGGGAACGCCCUCAUACAGCCACCUCAUUGACAGCGCUGGAGGCUUUCCACAGCCUCAAUCUCAACGGGCAAGUGAACGUCCACGACUAUCUCGCUCACCUCAAGCGCCAGACGGACAACGUCUGCGCUGAGGACGUGAAGGAUCGUUAUCGUGAGUUCAACAACUCAUACCGCCUCUUCACCUUCGUGCGCGCGUGUCGACGAGCCGGUGUCGACCCGACGCGCCUGCUGAACAUUGGAUGUCUUGCGGUCCUGUGCCCGGCUUGCCCUCAACCGGGCAAGAACAUUCGCCCAGGAUGGGAGGAUCGCGACCCAGCCUUCCAAUAUCUGGACGCGUUGCAUUACUCGAUUGACGGCAAUUUCCAUUUCAACCUGAAGCUCAAGCACACGGACCCUAAGGACUUUCCUCUGACCAAGGGUGCCGCGUACUUCGUUCACGAAGACGAUUUCAAGAAGUAUAUCGCUCAAGCGCCGCGACCUAAAUACGAAUCGUCUACGUGUAACGAGUUUGCCGCCAUGGGUUCAGGGAAGUACAAAGGCCCGGUGUCAGGCAUCAUCGCUGUGGUGUGUCGCCAUAUGAUGGUGAUGCAAGGCGGGGUCGUUGAUCUAACCAAAGCCGAAGGGUACAUGUAUGUGGACAUCGCCAUGGUUUCGUCGCUACAGCGGUAUCUCAAGCUCAAGCUGCUGAUCGGCUCGUACGACAUCCACUGCCAGUACAUCAUCCACCUACGCGAACGUUUGGAGACGGAGUUCCCGAAGGAGAUGCUCGACGAGUUGGAGUCCAUCGACGACCCAGAUGUCCCGACCAUCAUAGCUGCGGUAGGCAAGUACCAUCUAAGCAUGCACAAACCGGCGUGUCGUCCGUACUUCUCGCUCCAUCACCUUCCCGGCUCGUGCAUGGACUGUGGGGAGACCUGCGAGCGGUUGUGGGGCAUCAUCAGCGGUGUGUCCCGCCGCACCAAGGAAAUGUCCAGUGGACAUCGGCACGACGCUUUGAACGACUUGUUUUCGGAUCACAAUGUGCGACGCAUCCAUCAUAUAACGACGGAGUUAUAUGACAAGCUCGAGAUCGCCGAGGAACGCCUGGCCACGACGACGGAGUACCUCCAAACGGUUGAAGCCUCUGUGAACGAUCGAUUCCCGCUGGGUACCUUAGCUGAAUGGCAGGACGCGCAUGCCCAGUGGAAUCGCGAUGUGGUCGACAUCACCAAGCACAAGGUUCUGGAGAGCCCGUUCGAACCCCCUGCGGACAUCAGUGAGUGA